AUGUUUUUCUAUUUGACAUUAGCGCUGCUAAUAUUUCUCUACACAUUCGUAAAACGUCACUACCAACAAUGGCAACGUCAGGGUAUAGCAGCCGCAGAGUCUGUUAUACCCUUUGGCUCCCUCAAAGCGGUAUUUCGUAAAGAAAAAACUAUGGGCUUGGCCAUAACCGAUAUUUAUGUGAGAUUUUCGGAAAGUGUUGUCGGCAUCAUGCUGGCCUUUAAGCCAGCCAUUCUCAUAAGGGAUGCUGAAAUGGCCCGCCAAAUAUUAACCAAGGAUUUUGAUUACUUUCAUGAUCGUGGAGUUUAUGUGAAUGAGAAAAGAGAUCCGCUGUCUGCAAAUUUAUUUAGCCUUAAAGGACAUUCAUGGCGUAGCAUGAGAACAAAAUUGUCGCCCUCAUUUUCAAGUGGCAAAUUAAAGGCCAUGUUCGGAACAGUCGAUGAAGUUGGUAAUCAUAUGGUGGAAUAUAUUUUGGGGCAGUUUGAAGGUGAUCAACGAAAAGUGCUGGUGGAUAUUAAGGAUAUUACAACAACCUAUGCCAUUGACAUCAUCGGUUCGGUAAUCUUUGGUUUGGAUAUUAACAGUUUUGAAAAUCCUCACAAUGAAUUUCGGCAGAUUAGUGAUCGGAUUUUUAAAACCAAUCAGACUCACAUAUUGCAUCGCAUUCGAGCCAUCAUGAGCUUUAUGUGUCCACCGUAA